GUCCAACUCUCUCUCCCCCCCUUCCUUAAUUUCAGACCAAAACUCACUCCCUGCAGUUCUGACAGAAGAGGGAUAAGGAAGGACAGCACGAUCUAGUUUUGUCUGAAUCAAAACGGCUUGGAGAUUCUUCUAAAAGCGACAUCGAAAAAUGCAUACGUUCGGAUAUAGAGCGAACGCGUUGCUAACGUACGCCUUGACUAUACUGGCUUUAAUGUGUACUAUCGCUUCUUUCUCUGACAACUUCAAUUUUCCUUCUCCUUCUGCUGAAAUCCAGGUGUUGAAUUUCAAUUGGUUUCAAAAGCAGCCGCAUGGAAAUGAUGAGGUCAGCCUCACCAUGAAUAUAACAGCUGAUUUACAGUCACUUUUUACAUGGAACACAAAGCAGCUUUUCAUAUUUGUAGCAGCAGAGUAUGAAACCCCCCAGAAUUCAGUGAAUCAGGUGUCACUUUGGGAUGCCAUUAUACCUGCUAAAGAGCAUGCAAAGUUUUGGUUUCAGACCGCAAACAAGUAUCGUUUUGUUGAUCAGGGAAGCAAUCUUCGUGGUAAAGAAUUUAACUUGACAUUGCACUGGCAUGUCAUGCCCAAAACUGGCAAGAUGCUUGCCGACAAGUUGGUCAUGUCUGGAUUCCGCUUGCCUGAGGAGUAUAGAUGAUGACAGGGCAUUUUUUUUUGUUUUUUUGGUUUUUAAUCAACGAACAUAGCCAAUGUCAUUGCAGAGGGAAUCGGAUACAUUUGAAGACCCCAGGGGAGACUACAGGCCCAAUUAGCUGGGCAAUAAGGGUCUAUACGCUCUGGCAAGCCAGUCUGCAGCCAUAUUUACCUCUCUUGUUACUUGACGAACCCCCCCCACUAAAUAUGGGAUGAUAAAGGUCAGCUUAAUUAAGAAUGAUUGAGGAAGAAAUGAGCACAGCUUGGAUUUUUGAGUGCUUGUGAUUA